AUGGGCUCAUCGGGCACAUAUCCCACUCUGGGAGACCUGCACUUCCCGUCAGCACAGGUCUCUAUCUCGCAGACCCUCUCAUCUCUGCGUCGAUCGGCUCUAUCCGUCUCCAACCGGCUCAAAUCUAUCGAGACUGAUGGAGCCUUUGUUCAGGAUGCGGCGGAGCAUUAUGGUCUCCCACUUUUCGCGAAUGAACGUUGUGGUAGUUGGUAUAUUAACCCGGAUGUGAAAGCAGGAAGUGCCUACUUCAAAAGUACAGAUGGUCAUACGGGACAAUGGGAUUUUAGCUUCCGUAGGCUUAAUCUGCAAUUGCUUCCGCUGGCUCGGAAGUAUGGAGGGUGUGUAAUUGUGGAUUCAACUCGCCGAGGAAAAUUGAUGCCUGAUGCCUUAUCGAAGACUAUUCCCAUUUGGUGUGCAGUCUUGAACCGGGCUCUAUUCCCAACUCAGACAGAAUAUCACCGGGUCCGAUUACCUCCCAACUACCUGGGCCAAUCCGAAGAAUCUCAAAUCGAGAACCGCAUUGAUGGCUUCGUUCAUUCUCUCAAGGCCCUGAAACUUGAUCUAGAUGAGCUGCGAGAACAACUUGGAAAGCCUAUCCGCGUAGCCUGGGCCAAUCAUGAAUACUUCUACCCCACAGAUCUACGCAAGGGCGAGAAUUACUGCCUCUUUGUACUUUGCUCCGCCUCAAAGCGUGUUCAUGGCGCCGAAAUGUCGGAAGGGGGAUAUAUCCAGGGUGCUGGUGAUGACAGCGAGGGAUGGGCGCAUGGACUUACGCCACCUGUUUUCUGGGCGAACCAGGAUACUCUGAAGCGAACUGCUGAAGAAGAUCUACCGGAUCUGAUUGCGGACCUGAUCGCGGAUUAUCAACAGCAGCGAACUGGUCAGGUUGCGACACUUAUCUCUCCGACAUCAAAUCUGUUUAUCAAUCCCACGGAUCCAAAGGUGAAUGGGAGUGGGCAGUACGAUCUUGUGAUUGAUUGUAAUGGUGACCCAGCUGCUGUCUUGGAUAAUCCGAAGCGACUGAAUCUGGGUUGCGCGUUGGCUAAACUUGGUAGUCGAGAUCUACGGAAGUCACUGGAUAAAGUGCGAGACUUUGUCAACGAGCAACUUGGAUCCAACCCAUCGCAGUCUCUGUUGGUGACCUGUGACACUGGGAAAGAUCUCUCUGCUGGAGCCCUAUUGGCGAUUAUUUGCCAGUUUUACAAUGACAACGGGGAGUUCGAUGCUUCGUUAUGUAAACGCAGUAUCGGCAAGCAGUUCAUCCGACAGCGUCUGGCAUGGAUCGUCUCAUCCAACCAUGAGGUUAAUCCGUCCCGCUCGACACUGCAAUCCGUCAAUGCCUUUUUGAUGCAGCCUGGAGAUUAUUGA